AUGGCGCUCCCUCCCAAAGUAUACCAGUUCCUCGUGGGUCUGUUUGCAUCCCUUGGUUCGCUGCUCUACGGUUAUGAUCUCGGUGUCAUUGCCCAGGUCAUUGCCUCCGCGGCUUUCAAGAGCAAGUUCAAUGAGCCCAGCGACAAUGAGACUGGCGCGGUUGUGUCUGUCUUCACAGGUGGUGCAUUCUUUGGAGCUGCCUUCGCUGGUCCUCUUGGUGACUGGCUCGGUCGACGAUUGACCAUCCUGACUGGUGCUGUUAUCUUCAUGCUCGGUGGUUCAUUACAGACUGGCGCCCAGAACCUCGGCUACCUCUACGCAGGACGCAUCCUCGCUGGUGUUGGUGUUGGUUUCCUGGUCAUGAUCGUUCCGCUUUACCAAUCCGAAUUGGCUCAUCCCAGCAUCCGUGGACGUAUCGGUGGAUUGGUGCAGUUCAUGCUGGGUAUCGGUGCCCUAGCCGCCGCCUGGAUCAGUUACGGAGUUGAUAUCGGGUUCGCCGACGACAACGACGGGCAAUGGCGCACCUCACUUGGUAUUCAGGUUGUACCUGCCGUCUUUUUGGCUGCCCUGAUCAUGGUGUUCCCUGAGUCGCCCAGAUGGCUCAUGAGCAAAGGAAGGACAGAUGAGGGUCUGCGCAACUUGGCUAAGCUACAUUCCCACGGCGACGAGAACGAUGCUUGGGUCCAGGCUGAAUUCCAACAAAUCCAAGAAGCUAUCACCUUCCAGCGCGAGAACGAGGCUGAGUCUUACCUUGAACUCUUCCGCGACAAGUCAAGUUUCCGCCGUCUCUUCCUUGCUUGCGCUCUCCAAGCUUCGGUCCAGAUGACUGGUGUCUCAGCUAUUCAGUACUACUCCGUCACCAUCUACGAAAAAAUGGGUAUCAGCGGUACUGAUGCGCUCAAAUACCAGGCCAUCUCCUCUGUUCUUGCUCUGUGCGGUCAGGCACUCUGCAUUGCCUUCAUCGAUCGCCUGGGACGUCGUUGGACACUGAUCGGCGGUAACCUUGGUAACUGUCUGACCUUCAUCGUUGCUACUAUCAUGCUGGCACUCUUCCCUCCUGGAUCCACAGGAAAUAAGAGUGCUUCUUGGGGCUUCAUUGCUGUUACUUGGCUGUACAACUUCUGUUUCAGCUCUACCUGUGGACCUUUAUCUUGGAUCAUUCCUGCCGAAAUCUUCGAUACUAAGACGCGUUCCAAGGGUGUCUCCAUCGCUACAAUGACAUCCUUUGCGUUCAACACCAUGAUUGGACAGGUCACCAAGCCGGGUAUGGAAACUGGUGGAUGGAAAUUUUACCUACUGUUUGUCAUCUGUAACUUGACCAACGCCAUCUUCUUCUACUGCUUCUUACCCGAGACUGCCAAGCGACCACUAGAAGAGAUGAACUACCUCUUUACCAACGCCCCUCUCUUCGUGCCAGGCAUGAACAAGAACGACUUUCCCACCGACCUCGAGCGUCGUGUCGAGGAAGUUGCUGCCAAGCAAGGUUCAAUAUCUCACGAGGAGCACGUAGAGUCGAAGCAUAUGUAG